AUGGAUCGAAGUUUACCAUCAAACAAAAUGAAUGGAUUGGAAUGUAUUGACAAUUUAUUUAAUGUGACAACGACAGUUUCUUCAUUUAUUCCUUUGCCACAGUUUGGUACGACAAAUAUCAACACGUUCUGCUUGUCAACAUUAAAAUUCCUUGCUAGUUAUCAAUUUCAACAAAACAUGAGUGAAAAUAUUUGUUAG